CAGGCUCUUCACAGUUGCAGAACUUCUUUAUCACAAGGCAUAGUUAAAUGCUUUUUUUUUAAUUUACGGAGUUUGAAGCAGCCUCAGAGGCUUUAUUGGACCGGCUGAAUGGCUGAGUUGCAGCUGUCUGUGUGUUCAGUUAUGGAUCCAGCAGCAUGUAAUCCAAGUCUUCCAGCAACAAACCAGGAGAGGUGUCAUCCAGAAGUUCUUAAAGAACAUACCCAGUUGGAGCACCUAAAGAAUAAUAUUGAGCAACAGCUCCUAUGCAACAAUGAUAAGCUGGCAGAUCUUCAUCUCCAAAAGAGGCAACGCUCUUUUUGUUCUCAUCCUGCAGAAAAUACUCACCUGAUUUUGGAAAAGGCAGGCUUCUACUCUGCUGGCCCCUUCAACUGGUAUUUCAAGGGACAGGCUAGUACUUUGCCAGCUCACUGGCGAACUAGGCGGAGAGAAGGUGUGGACAGGGCGUACCCACUUAAGCCAGUCUUUCACCAUAAAGGUAGGAAUGUUCCUCUUCCCAUUUCUUGGCAAGCUGGGAACUUGGCAGCUAAGGAAAAUCCUUCCGAAGGUACUAGCUCAGAGAAAAAAGAAAAGUCACACAUACUCAAGUCUCAGCAUGCUGGAGUGCCGCCACUUUUUCCCGUUGGCCAGUCUAAGAUAUCAGCUCCUCAUUCACGGGCAGAGUCGGGCUACAUUCAAAAACUGGAGGCUGCUGGACGGAGCUUAGAGGAGGAGAUCCAGCGGAAGGAGGCUCUCCUCAAGGAAAAAUUGAGAAGAACAGAAGAAGAGCUCCGGAGAAUACAGUGGGAAAGGCAGCAGACAGAAACAAAAGCAAGAAGAGAACAAGGAGCAUUACGGAUGUCUGAGAGGAAAGCAGCUGAUAUUGCUCAGGGCCGUGUUUCAAGACCUGCAGCUCAGCUGCACACUUGUGAAAAGAUACAUGUUUCAGAGAGCCCCGCAGCUUCAUUGGGGGCUGCCAUGCCUCCCCAGCUGCUCCCUAUGGAAAGACUCAAAAAACAAAGAUUGGUGGCUAGCAAUAGUAAAAUUCGAGAAAAUAUUUUAGCUACUUCUAGCCCAGAACUGGCUCCACUGCAUGACCAGUCUCUUCCAGCAGCAACCCCUUUAGGACAGCUUAGCUGUGUGGCAACAGACUCAUUAAUUACAGAGGAUCCUAGCAAUGUAGAAGAAUGGGGAGAGUGCAAUAUUUGUGAACGAAAGCUUUACCGGUCCAGAUUGGAGAAGCACAUAAGUAUCUGCAGCAAGAACCAUGGCUCCAAAAGAGAAGUGUUUGAUUCAAGCAAAGCUAGAGCCAAAGGCACUGAAUUAGAGACAUACCAUCUCCUGAAGGGCUCAGAUAUCUCCCAGAAAAAAUUCUCCAGCCAAAGCUCUGAGGCUUCCAAGCAAAUCAAUAUAUCUAAGCAAAGCAACUGGCGACAGAAGCAUGACUCUUUCAUCAAGACAUUGCGCAGGGCUCGGGAGGUUCAGCAAGUAAUCUCAAAAGGGGGGAAGGCCUCAGAUCUUCCCCCAGCACCUGCCAUGGAGAACCCAGACUACAAGCUGUGCCCUUAUUGCACCCGUCAGUUUGCACCCAAGGUAGCAGAGAGACACAUUCCAAAAUGCAAGAACAUAAAGAACAGGCCCCCACCACCGCAACAAAAGAAACGUUGUUAGUGGUGGGCCAAAGUGGUACCAUUUCCCAGUCUGACAAUCCAGAGUGACAGAAAGUAUUCGCAGAACUAUUGCUUCAUGUAAGAGACAAUAAUGUGAAAAUGUAAAAGUGAGAAGCCCAUAAACUGUGAACAGAUUAAUUAAAGCCCUUGUAUUACAUGUGAGGUUAGUGCCUAAGGCAGUACUUAGGCUACAACAGUGCCCUUUAUCUUUAGCGAACAAUGGGAUUUCAAUCUGCUUCUUCGGAUGUGGCACUUGUGUGUUGCAGAGGUGUUACUGAAAAGUGUCAGAAGGCAAGAUAGAACACACUACCACCAGCAGCUUUAAAGGCAACUCUGCCCGCCACAGCAAAAGAGUACCUUCAUUCCAUAGAAUGCAAUGUAUCAGUUGAGAAGGGGUGAUGCCUAUUUGGAUAUAAUGAGGUAAAUUCAACAUUGCCAGAAUUUUCUCCUCUAGCCUUCCAUGCUGGUUUUUCCAGACCUCCAAAGCUGACAGUGGACACACUGUGGGGUCCAGUGGGAUAGAGGGAAUCGCUCCUCACCUGGUUCUGUUGGAUUCUGCUCUUCCACUGUUCAUUCCUUUCUAUUGUGUGCUACCCAUUGCCUCCCAUUUGGAUGAAUCUUUUCAUAACUAGUUUCUUGGCUCGUCUGCAGAUACUGUAAGUUCUGUUCGUUGAAGCAGAUUGCAAAACAGUUGUAGAAGAACAUGGAAACUAUUAUAGUGGAAUGGGUUACCUUAGUGUGGUUAGAAGUGGCACAGCUACCUUAUUUAUAUGCAAUACAUAAACUUGGGGCGGAAUGAACUGAGCAAGUCUUUCAGAGGUAGAACUAUGGAUUAGUUAUAUUUAAACUGUUAAUGACCAAGAGAUCUGGGUGCUAACUAGCCACAAGUAGUCAGCAAACAAUGGAAUUUUUAUAUACUGUAUAUAUAGCACUGAGAAUUGGCCUAGAAACGACAGGCUAUAAACUGUUUUACCUCCU